CUAGUACUUUGUCGUCACAGCAAGAUAGUGAUGGAGCACAACGUAUGGUCAGCACAGGGAUGUGAGACUUGGGACUGUGCGUAGCCUAGUGAUGGACAUUUGUUUCUCGCAAUGUUUACCACUUGAAGCGGCUGACGUUGACUGGACUUUGCUGGUAUUCUUCUCCAUGAAGGUCGCCCCGUCGCAGCCUCUAUCCGAGGACCAGAGUAAUCAAAACGAGCCCGAACGAGACCAAUGGAAUAACAAGACGGAGUUCCUCCUGUCCUGCAUCGGACUGUCGUGUGGAUUAGGCAACGUAUGGAGAUUCCCGUACCUGGCUUACCAGAACGGUGGUGCUGCCUUCCUGCUGGCGUACAUCAUCUUGCAGCUGGUCAUUGGCAAGCCGCAGUACUUGCUGGAGCUGAUACUGGGCCAGUACUCGGGCCAAGGACCAACCAAGUGUUGGGAGUUGAACCCGGCUGCCAGAGGUAUAGGUAUCUCCAUGUGCGUUAUGUCCCUGGUUGUGAGUAUCUACUACAACGUCAUCAUGGCCUACACUAUAUACUUCAUCUUCGCCACCAUGCAAAGCACGUUGCCCUGGACAAAGUGCAAGCCUGAGUGGACUGACUGUUCCCCAGAGGGCAGAGUCUAUGCGCCUGUGCCGUGCACCUCUAACGUCUCUCACAUGGAGAGCCUGGGCUCGUGCCAGUGCACCAAGAAUGUGGACAUCGACACUGCUUUCACCUUCAAUUGCACACCUAAGUACAAGACAGCCCCAGAACUCUACUUUUAUAAAGAUGUGAUAAGGAUAUCAGACGGCAUUGAGCCAGAGAAAAUGGGAACUCCAAUCUGGGAGCUAGCCAUGUGUCUUCUCCUGGCUUGGCUUUUGGUUGCACUGUGUCUCUCAGAAGGCAUCAAGACUUCAGGAAAGGUAAAGUCGUACGCUUUCACCGCGACUUUUCCCUAUGUGGUCUUGGUGAUUCUUCUCAUCCGGGGCUCCAUGCUGGAAGGUGCGGACACAGGCGUUCGAUUCUUCAUUGUGCCCAAGUGGGAUCAGCUAAUGGACAUCAAUGUGUGGGUAGCAGCAGCUGCACAGAUGUUCUUCUCCCUCGGUGUUUCAUUCGGUGGGAUCAUCAUGUUUGCCAGCUACAACAAAUUUAACAACAAGUUGUAUGGUGAUUCUCUGUUAAUUACCUGCGCCGACUUCUCGACAAGUAUCAUAGCUGGCUUUGUAGUCUUCACCACCUUCGGUCACAUGGCGCACACAAUGGGAGUUCCCAUAGAAGACGUGGCCACCUCAGGUUACGGUCUGGUGUUUGUGGCAUACCCCGAGGCGGUGUCUCAGCUCCCUGUUCCACAUUUCUGGUCAUUUGUCUUCUUUGUGAUGCUCCUCACGCUGGGGGUGGACAGUCAGUUCGCAAUGUUGGAGACUGUGUUGACGUGUAUCCAAGACGAGUUUCCUUGGUUGAGGAGAUGGAAGACAUCAGUGUGUGUAGCAGUCUGUGUCUUCUGCUACAUCAGUGCUUUGCCUUGUGUAUGUCCUGGUGGAGAUUAUGUUGUGAAGCUGAUGGACCACUAUGGAGCCGAUUUCUCGGUGCUUUUCCUGUCUCUCUUUGAGGUUAUAUCCGUCAUGUGGGUCUAUGGCGUGAUGAACUUCUUUAAUGAUCUAGACCACAUGUUGGGACACAGGCCUGCAUUCUGGCAAUACUGGGCUGUCUGCUGGGUCUUCUUCUCACCUGUUUUUAUUACAAUAAUUUUAGCGCAUCGAAUCAUAAACUAUGAACCACCUUACAUUGAGAAGGGCAAGCCGUUUCCCACGUUCGCACAAGCCCUUGGCUGGACUCUGCUGAUAGUCAUCGUUUCUCCAGUUCUGCUCUGGUUUGUUUAUCAUGCAGUCUGCACAUUUCGUAACAACAGGGAUCUGAGCCUUUCCCAGAAGAUUAAAAAGAUCUUCGCAGCAACACCCAAAUGGCACGCGAGGAGAACCCAGACUGCAUGAGACAAUCCCUCAGUCUCUGUCCAUGCAUGACGUCACGACGCACGUCUUCCCGACAGACACCAGCGAAGGCCGGAAACAAGGAGCCUUGCUCUGGAGUUGAACCUGAACGUCAGAAGACAUCGUCAGUUCACAGAUUGUGUUUUAAGCGUUUGAUUGACACUGAGGUCAGAGACCUUUUUCUUGUGACACUGUUUAUACUUUUGAUAUAAAGGCUUUUACAAGAA